CGGUGAUAAUUUCUGACCAGUCCGCGCAGAAAAUACAACGACACGACCUCUCUCUCUCUCUCUCUCUAGAAAUUUUCCUUCCCUCUUAAGCAAAAAAAAAAAGAGGAGAGAGAGAGAGAUCAGAAAAAUCGAGCAGCUCAAAUCAACGCCAUGGAUCAGAUAUUGAACAAGGUCGGCUCGUACUGGUUCAGCCAGAGAGCUAACAAGGAGAUCAACUCCGUCGGUGAUGAUAUCAACUCUCUGUCGACCAGUAUUGAAGGAGGUACAAAAUGGUUGGUUAAUAAACUCAAAGGAAAAAUGCAAAAGCCAUUGCCAGAACUGUUAAAGGAGUAUGACAUGGCUGUAGGGAUCUUCCCUCGUGAUGCUACAAACUAUGAGUUCACUGAAGCAACAGGGAAGCUUAUAGUCUACAUACCUGCGGUCUGUGAAGUGGGCUACAAAGACUCAUCUGUGUUACGUUUUUCCACCAUCGUUUCCGGGUAUCUGGAAAAAGGAAAGCUAACAGACAUAGAUGGGAUUAAGACAAAGGUGAUGAUAUGGGUAAAAGUGACCGCUAUUUCAUCUGAUGGAUCAAAGCUACAUUUCACAGCCGGUAUGAAGAAAAGCAGGAGUAGAGAGGCUUAUGAGGUUCUUAGAGAUGGUGUAACUAUAGAUAAGUUCUAAAGCAGAACAUGCUUGUGUGUAAUAUGUUCAUAUGCUGUGGCUGUAUUUCAUGCCUCUCUCAUUGUAAGGACGAAGACCUGUUGAAUCAAACCAUAAAUGUUUCCUCCUGUGGUA